CAAGAACAACGUUCCAUCUCUUCCCACUUCCACCAGCUACAAGCUCUUGAGAAAACUAGAUCAAAAUGUCUGCUCCCAGGGUCCUCAUCGCCGCCAACCCCCAGCUCGGUCUCAUCUGGACCAAGGAGGACGCCAAGAAGAUUAUCGGCCCCCUUGCCGAGAUUGUCGAGCUCUCGUCGCCCUCGCGUGAGGCCUUCUUCGAGGACCUCAAGACCAAGUACGCUGGCAUCACCGCCAUCUACCGUCACAACGACUCGGCCAACGCUAUUGGCUUCUUCGACAAGGAGUUCAUCGACAAGCUCCCCGAGAGCGUCAAGCUCAUUGCCCACAACGGUGCCGGCUACGACCAGAUUGACGUCGCUGCCGCCACUGCCCGUGGCAUCCUCGUCAGCCACACCCCCAAGGCUGUCGACUCGGCCACCGCCACCGUCGCUGCCUUCCUUACCAUCUCGGCUCUCCGCCAGUUCUGGCGCGCCGAGGUCAACGUUCGCGAGGGCAAGUGGAAGGCUGGCCUCGUCCCCGCCCUUGACCCCGAUGGAAAGACUGUCGGCAUCAUCGGCAUGGGCGGCAUCGGCUCUGCCCUCGCCAAGCGCCUGAUCGCCUUCGACAUGAAGGUCAUCUACUACAACCGCAAGGAGAUCUCCCCCAAGCCCGACUUCCCUUGCACGUACGUCUCGAGCGCUGAGGAGCUCCUCCGCCAGUCGGACGUCGUCUCGCUCAACCUCCCCCUCAACGAGAAGACCAAGAACUCGUUUGGCAAGGAGCAGUUUGCCCAGAUGAAGAAGGGCUCGAUCCUGGUCAACACUGCCCGUGGUGGUGUGGUCGACGAGGAGGCCCUCCUCGAGGCCCUCGAGAGCGGCCACCUCUUCUCGGCCGGCCUCGACGUCUUCCCCGACGAGCCCAACGUCAACCCCAAGCUCCUGUCCAACGACAAGAUCACUGUCCUCCCCCACAUGGGCACCGAGACCAAGGACACGCAGCGCAAGAUGGAGCUCCUUGUCCUCGACAACAUUGCGUCAUUCCUCCAAGGAAAGGGCCUCCUCACCCAGGUUGCCGAGCAGAAGCAGUAAACAGGGUCAACAGGGCGCGACUGGCUGGUGUGUACUUGUAUUUGAGAUCAUCCUGUAACUGUCAAGGGGAGUGGUGACAGUUGUACCCGCAUGCACAGCAGUGGC